AUGGGCUUGCUAGGACAAAAAACCAGAUUGAUCGCUUCUCAUCACGAGCAACUAAUGAGAGAAGCUGAUGAUGUUAUUGUGUUACUAAAAGGCGAAAUGUUAGGUAAGGGAAGUUUUGAUGAACUGAAAGCAAAGGGGCUUCUAAAUACCACUGUUGAUCCGUUGUAUAAGAAAGACAAAGAAUCAAGUGAAAGCUUAGCAGAACCUGGUACUGGAGAGAAAGAGAUUUCGGACUUGUGUGAGAGAACCAUGCCCAACGCCAAUGAAUUCAAGGCUCUUCGCGUGUCAAAAGAAGACUGUGCGGACGGACUGGUGUCCACGAAACUUUAUUGGAACUACUUCAGGAGCGGAACUCCUUUGCCCGUGAUCAUUGCAGGAAUUUGUUUCUGUUUUAUUACCCAAGGUAACAGAAGGUUUGAGCGAUCUUGUUUUAAAGCAUUGACAACAACAAAAUCCACCGCAAAACGGUGGAAUUAUUUUCUUAGCCUUCAAAUUUUCGGCAAGCUCGUUCGCAGGGUCCACGCAUAGUCGUUCUCCUUCUCCCUCUCCCCCCACCAUUUAGGGCGAUAGUUCAUUGAGUCUCAUUGUCCUCAUUCCAAGGUAAAACACACACGCACCCUUCACUUACACCAGUGCACUCCCAAAAGUUCAAUAAAGCUCUGUAGAAGACGUUUUAGUGAUGACUAAGUAGUGAUUGAAACUUGAGUUUCUACCACUAACGGAUCGUGUGUAAACGCGAUGCAGUUAAAAUUGCAUAACGGCGAGUGAGGGCAGAUAUAAUUCACUUUUUUUACGACUUUUUUGUAAUUUAAAUCCCCAUCAGAAAUCCGCAUCUACAAGGUUUUAGUUUAAUUUCUGAUUUCACUUUACACUUGAAGAAUGCACUUACUUUCAACCGUGCUAGGUACUGUUACAAAAUAUAUACCACUUUUUUUAGCAAUGUUAGUGUCCCCCGACGUUUGGCUGUCGUUGAUGGUAAGGAAACGACCAGAAUAUCAACGAGACAAACGGAACUUGACGAUCUAUGGAGGUCUUGUCGGUGCAGCUUUCAUACUACUUGUCAUCCGAGCGUUUGGAUUCUACUUGGUAUCCUUAAGGAGUUCCGAGCGUCUCCAUGACAAAAUGGUUGUUGCGGUUCUACAUGCACCGGUCUUCUUCUUUGAUUCAAACCCCGUGGGAAGAAUUUUGAAUCGGUUCUCCAGAGAUAUUGGAUGCAUGGAUGAAGUAUUGCCUAAAACGUUUCUGCAAUCAGUCCAGCUGUUCCCGCUCUUGUUCACGUCCAUUCUUCUACCAACUAUCACCAACCCUUGGGUUCUGUUUGCUGUUGUGCCAAUAGCUGUGUCGGCAGGACUUUUUUCAAGGUAUUACUUAAAGACAUCUAGAGAGCUUCAAAGGCUGGAGUCUAUCUGCCGCAGUCCUGUCUAUUCGCAUAUUUCGGAAACCUUGGAUGGACUCGACACAAUAAGGACACGAAAAAGAGAGAAAGAUUUUGUUUCUCGCUUUCAGAGGUAUUUAUACCUUCACAGAGUAUCUCCUUUUAUGUUAACCCACCCUCGGACGUACACGGAAAUUCAUACCCCCACCGUGGUACAAGGUGGGAGGAGGGGUGGAUGGAACCCUCCUGGAGUUUUUGAUAUGUUGCAGUAUUUUGAAACGAUUUUACCUUUAGCAAAGCCUUUGAUCCUCUAAACAAGAUGAGAUAUAUUUUAUAGGUGGCAGCGCUGCUGGAGGCCUGUGACGUCACCAACAAUGGUUGCCAUCUUUGAUUUUACCAAGAAUUAAAAAUCAUAUUAAAACCGUGCUUUACAUAAAAACUAGCACAUAAAUAAGGCAGCACUUUGCAUGAUUUACUUUUCUUGUUUAAAGAAGUUGAAAAAACAUGCAUUUUCACCCAAAAUUGGCUUGACCACCUGCAACUUAUGACGUCAUAUCUCGUAACCAUAACAACUGACCAUCUCUAAACUUGUCUCAAAAUCUCCGAGAGGGAUGAACGAAUAGGUACUGAAAACGUCAGGUGCUGAUGUUUUAUCCUCCAGGAAAAAAACUCAGAAAAACCUUAUGGGGGUGGGGUGGCAUCCGACCCCCCCCCCCCUUUGGACGUCCGAGGGGUACCCAGAAUUCCGGAUUCCACAUUAUUCUUGGAGCGAUGAAUGACAUCUAUGAAUCUGUCAGUGAUAAAUACAGACCGUUUUGCAUUUGGUGUAGAAAGUUCGUCUAUGUUUUCAAUGAAAGGACAAAUUUUGCAUGGUGCGAGCAUGUUGGAAAGUUCUGGUUGAUCGUUCGAUUCAGUAGACGACGUGCUUAAUCUUGAAAAGUUAUCUAUGUUUUCGCCUAAUUUUGAAAUCUUUUCGAAGCCAUUGAAAGCUAGGAAGCCGUUAAUUGCUUUGAGAAUGCGUGGGUGAUGGUUACAAAUGAAAGGAAGUCUACCGUGUAACGUUUGUAGUGCAGAAUGCCCGGCGAUCAAUCUGUCGUGCACAUUAAUGACCUUUGUUGACUUUGGGCGCAGCUAUGAAUUUACAGAGGAACGCGUUGUCCUUAAAAUAAACCAAAACCUGUGGCCGAGAUCGUUUCUGCAAGGGUGCCUGUAUUAAUUUCAGUCAGUCAUGUUUCUUAUUAGCAUGUUUUUAGCGAAGCUUUUGGUCCAAAUCGUUUUUACAAAACCCAGAAACCUUUGAGUGUGGCAUAAAGUUACAAAAAAUGUACCCCUUCCUCCCACACCCCCUCCACACUUAACACCCAAAACCGAACGAUGUUGUAGGUAAACGCUUCUGAGGUGCAAUUAAUCAUUAGUUCUUGGCUGUAGGUGUCAAGAUGUACAUACAAAAUCGUUUAUCCUGUUACUUGCCGGCGGCCGAUGGCUUGGUGUACGGUUGGACAUUCUUUCCGCUCUGUUGACUGGUAUAGUGGCCCUUGCCGCAGUUUUUGUUUCCGAAGAUCCAGGUAGGUACCUUUAUAAACUAGAUGACGAUGAGUAUGAUAAAAAAGUAUGAAAAUCAAGACGAAGGGUGUUUGAGGCCGAAAACUCUCUCAGAGAAGUGAACGAGAAGUGUCCCUUGCAUGUUAUCAGUUUUCUUUAUUACUUAACAGUAACGGAUCCAGAGCUUGAGAUAAGAGGGGGCGGGGUGGGGCUGGUCUCCAAAAAAAUUUUUUUCGGCCCUUCGGGCCUCACUUUGGUCUAGAAAUAGGGGAGGGGGGUCCCCUGGGCCCCUCCCCUGGGCCCCUCCCCUGGGUCCGCCACUGCUUAAGCAAUCGUCUACCCCACCUUUCUGGUCUUGUGUAAGUAAAUACUUGAACAGGAAAAAUCUACAGGGAGAUUUACGUUUGCUUGGGAAAAUCGUCCCAUACUAGGUGAUCCAAGACAGUCUUGGAUACUGGUUUCCACGCUGUGGAUUAAUGGAUGGCGGAUCCUUUGUAAGUGGAACUUGGAUUCCCGAUUUCAAUCGUUAGCGAGAUUCCGGAUUCCUUGAGCUCAACAACGGAUUGCAAAACCCAAAAUUCCGGAUCCCACAAGAAACAUUUCCCGGAUUCUGGAACCCGGUUUAUCUUGCUUGUGUCUAGAAAAGAGGUUUGAAUUCAAGUUUUGUCUUAAUUGAAAAAUUUCUCGUUUACUUCUUGCAGCUUUUGUUGGACUGUCUCUUGUUUAUGUUGUCCAGACCGUGAAUUUGACACAAUUUGCUGUCCGUAAAUUAACAGAGGUUGAAAAUUUAAUGACUGCAGUAGAACGAGUUAUCGAUUACACCAAGCUUGACUCUGAACCUGGUUACGAUGUGAAACGACGUCCCCCGGAAAAGUGGCCAGACAAAGGAAGUAUCAAUUUUCAAGACAUAUCAUUGGCGUAUUAUCCAGGGGGUCCUCAAGUUCUAAGGAAUAUUUCUUUAAGCAUCAAAGCAGGAGCUAAGAUUGGAGUUGUGGGUCGCACGGGGUCAGGGAAAUCUUCGUUGGUGGCUGCACUAACGCGCAUGCCUGAAGCUGAAGGAGACAUUUUGAUUGAUGAUGUUGUGUUGAGAAGUAUCAAUCUACGAGGGUCUCGACAGGCAAUAACCGUUCUUGGGCAAAAUCCCGUUCUGUUCAGUGGAUCAGUGAGAAAAAAUCUUGACAUAGUGGAACAGUUUCAAGACGCUGAUCUUUGGCGUGCUUUAGAACAAGUCCAAAUGAAAAAUCUUGUAGAGAAUUUAGAGGGGCAGUUGGAUUACGAAUUACUGGAGCAAGGUGCAAAUUUAAGUGUAGGAGAAAGGCAGCUUAUCUGCUUGGCUCGUGUUCUCUUGCUGAACAAGAAAAUCGUCAUUUUGGAUGAACCCACCGCUCAUGUUGAUCCAGACACAGAGCAAACGAUUUGGAACGUGGUGCAUGAAAAGCUAAAGCACUCCACUGUUAUAACAAUAGCUCAUCGGUUAAAUACCGUAAGCGACUGUGACAAAAUUUUAGUUUUAGACAAUGGUAAAGUUGAUGGAUUUGAUAACUUCAAUGUUUUACUUAAUAGGAGAGAAAGUAAGUUAAAUGAAAUGGCUUAA